AUGUCUGAGGUUGGUGACUUGGUCUCAGGCGUAGCGGUGAAAGACUGUGCCAAAGGCUUCAUCCUCGAGUUGGCCAACCCACGCGGCCGCAGGGGCUGGCUGAGCCGGCGUGGGUUCGUCCUGGCGCAGCAGCAGGAGAUCUCGGCUUACGUCACCUCUGUGGACGAGAGGUGGCUGUGCUUGGAGCUGGUCCCAAGGCGCUCGCAUGUUGAGCUGACAGAGCACAUGGCUGCUGCGACCCCUGUCACUGGCGUGAUUGUUUCCAUCAAGAGCUAUGGCAUGUUCGUGGACAUCGGUGGCCCAGCACCUGGACUUGUUCACGUCUCCGAGAUGGAUGUGGACAUGGAUGCCUUUCAAGUCAAGAGUUUGGUGUUGGUUCGCAUUUUGGAGGUGGACUCUCCAAAAGGCUUGCGGCUCACUGCCCGGAGUGGACCCUUUCCGCGUGUCCACCGAGCCUUAGGUCCGUGUAUGCCGUUGCUGCCACCUCGCUUGUACCAGGACCUGCCAGGCCCUGCCUCGGAGCUCCUCCUGCAGAUGCUGCCCCUGGGAACCUUGAAGUCCUUGGCGCGGGUGAGCCGAGGAUGGAGGCAGCCAGCGGAGGAGGCAAUCUCCAUCUACUUCGACUUGACUCAGCUGCGGUGCUUCCACACGAAGGCAGCCUUCUACGAAGCUGACACACUACUAGGCCUCGGUGUGGCCAUCACCGAGGAAUCCACCGGCAAGCGGCACCUCACUUGUGACUUUGACCCCUUGUCCGAAGAGGCCUUCUUCGAUUUGCAUGUGGACAAAGGAGUAUGGAAGCAGACCAUCAGCUAUUGGAUCCCCAUGGCGAUUUGCAAGAGUCACUUCGAGCGCGCUUUGGAGAGGCUCCUGGCUGCCGUCUCUCAACUGGGUACUGGCAAGGUGGCCGAAAUGACCAAGUCCCAUGGCUUGGGAUCCAGUGGGCGACAGUCUUUCAGUGGGGCUCCGAGCUGUCCCAAGGACCAGCCUACCACAAUGACCUUCCAGGAGUGGCAGGAGCAAAGAGCCGCACUGUUUGAGAGACAGAAGCAGCAACGAGAAGCUCGUGCACGACAGGGCUUGACUUUGGAAGAGUGGCAGAAAAGAGAGGCAAGAGUCAAGGCUGAGAGGGCCAAGGCGGCAGCAGCCAAAGUCAAAGCAGCGCUCCUGAAGGCUGAGGCAGAACCCUUGCAGGACGUCCUGCCCUUGGAUCAGGUGGCUGCGAUGGAGGUUUUGCCCAAGCUCAUGAACUCACAGAUCGUGUUGCUCAUGAAAGGUGAUGUGCAUACCUCGGAGAAGGCCCUUGCUGGGUACAUGGCCUUCCACCACACCUUGCUGUUGCUCAAGAGAAGCUAUACCUCUUUGAGCGAUGACAUUGAGAAGAAGUUGAGGGUCUUCCGCGAAGAUGAAGGCAUGAGACACAAAGAAAAGGUACCAAAUUUGGGGGAGUUCAUGUGUUUGCUCUCAGUCUCCGAUGAGCUUACUUGGGAUGAGCUCGCGGUUCCCAUCUUGGAAGAGACUUUCGACCGUGGGGUUCUUUGGCUGGUCAAAGCGUAUCCUCUCCUGGCGGACUAUCAUGCACCCGUGGAGGAAAGAAUGGAGAAGACUUGGGAGACUGGUAGAGUAUCACGUGAACUCUUGAUGUUCCAUGCGUGGUUUCUUCAUCACAUCGCUCACAUCAAGCACGAGCAUGGAGAGGGCAUGUGUCGACGAGCAAGCUGUUUGCUUGAACGCUACGAGCGCACCAAAGGUUUGCCUUUGCAAUCCACCGUCAGCGCCUUGCAGCAAGCUUGCCGAAGAUUCCACGACAUCCACACAUGGCAGGACUUCUUUGUAUCUAUUGACGUGGAGCCCAUGGAAGAGCCAGCAAUUGGCCAAUGGCUGCGACGGUGUGCCCUGCGGUCUCAGCGGAAGCGUUACCACCGUGGCCGUGGGCCCCGUUCCUAG